AUGAAGCCAUUCCAUUUGGUCUUUGGCCUCUGGGUUCUUAUAGUAUGCUUCCUGUCCUGUGAGUGUCACAGAGGCCCUGGAAGACAUGAUCAUAGAGGACCACCUCCUCCUCGUCCCCCUCCCCAUGGUCCAGGAUUUGGUAGACCACCCUUUCCUCCUCCUUGUCUACCAGUUCCUCCACAUCAUAGACCUCCAAGCAAUCCUUCUCCUCCACCUACUCCAAGCAUUCCUCCCACCGGACCUCCACCUACUCCAAGCAUUCCUCCCACCGGACCUCCACCUACUCCAAGCAUUCCUCCUACUGGACCUCCUCCCACAGAACAAGCAACUACAAUACCAGCCGCCAACAUCUCCCUAACUACUCCUACUGCUACAAAUUCCACUGAUAGAUUCUGGAGGUUGUGGCAAUUAAUAAAUUCCCUUUUGCAGCCAUAA